AUGCGAUUCUUGAGAAUAUCAGCUAUGUUUGUGUUAUUGAUUGCUAACUGUUUCGCCGUACCGAAUUUUUUCGGUCAUACAGUUCAUCCAAGAAAAGUGAAUAAUUUCUCUGCUCUGAACAGAAUGUUGUCGUCUUUACCGUUCCAGCCCCGUAUGGAUUUGAUGCCUUCGGCUGGACAACGAGUGAACCAUGUUGUGAAAUCGUCAUAA